GGUGCAGUAAUAUAAUAUGAACAAAGAUGAACUUGAUCCUGUAUGAACUGGUGAUUGUCUGCGUGAUAGCAGGGUGCUGCUCGCAACGAUUGCUCCCGUUGCAUGAUGGAUGUACCCAACUGUUUCAUGAUACAACCAACCCCGACGAGUGCACCCACAUCACUUAUUGUCGAGGAUAUGUAUCUUCGUUACCCUAUGACCAAAUCGGACAAUGUCAUAAUUUUCUUUAUAACGUAAAUGGUUUUAGAAUUAUUGACCCUAUCAGUGUUGUUUUAAAUUAUAACGAUAAUGCAGAAUUUGUUCCUACCCUUGAGGAUGAAAAUAAUAGAGAAAUAAUAUAUUCAUUAGAUAUCAGUGACAAUAAUGAAGAUUUCGAUAUUAUUCCUAAUUUUCAGCACAUGCCCAAUUUAGCUAUAUUAAAAAUGUCCAGAUGUUCACUGGUCAAUGCAAAACUUUCAAACAGAAAUGACCUUCCUGCGCUCAAAGAUAUAGACUUUUCAGAAAACAAUAUAAAUAAUAUCCAAGUAGUUCCUGGUGAACAUGAAUACAAAACUCUAGAGAAAUUGAAUAUAUCACAUAAUUAUUUAGUUAACAUACCAGAAGCUGUUUUUGAUUCAUUUCCGAAUAUAGAAUCGCUUGAUUUAUCCCAUAAUUAUAUAUAUACACUAGACAUAAUGUCUUUUGAAGGCUUGAGGAAACUGCUAUAUUUAAAUCUUUCUUACAACCGGCUAGCCAAAAUUAAUUCAUCUCUUCUAAGAUUUUAUAACUUGAUAACACUGGAUCUUAGCCACAAUAACAUACAAGUAAUAAAAUCGAGUGACUUUGGAAAAUUAGUUAAUCUAAAGACUAUUAACCUUGAUUCAAAUGAAAUUAAUACAUUAGAAAAGAAUGUUUUUGACAAUAUGGCAUCAUUGACUACAAUAGACCUACGAAACAAUUACUUAGAAAGUAUUGAUAGAGACAUGUUUAUAAAUAUCACAAAACUAACGACUGUCUAUCUUUCUAGAAACAAAUUAAAAACCUUGCCUAAGAAUAUGUUUCAGGGCAAAGUAAUAUUUAAUUUUACUAUAGAGGGUAAUGAACUAGAAGGAACCCUUGAAAGAGGUUCUUUUGAAGGAUUUGCCAUGGUAACCGAACUAGAUAUAAGUGGUCAACAUCUAACCUCUGUAGAAAACUAUGCAUUUGCUGGCCUUCAAAAUGUAAAAACUUUGUUAUUGAACAAUAAUGAUCUGGAAUCAUUAAGUAAUUAUUCCUUUAAAGGUUUGCACUAUCUGAAUUGCUUGGACUUGUCAUAUAAUAAAUUGCAAAAACUUGACAUUGCGACUGAAGACCUCACAGGACUACAGAUAUUAACACUGCAUCACAACAAAAUAACAUUCAUUUCGAGUAAUAAUUUUAUAGCACUGGGAUCUUUGCAGUUACUUGAUUUAUCUCAUAAUAACAUAUCGCAUUUAGGAUCGAAUUCUUUUCGUCAUUUGCAAAGCCUACUGAAUUUCAAAAUUUCUGACAAUCCCCUUUACGGUGCGAUAGAAGAAAAAACUUUUGACGGCUUAAGCUCCUUACCAAGUCUUGAUAUUUCUGGGACUUUGAUAACUACUGUUAAUAAUGGCUCAUUUAUGGGUAUGUCUCUUUUGAAGGAGCUAAAUGUUUCACAUAGUAAUAUCAGCGGACUACAAUAUAAUUCGUUGUCUUAUGCGAGCAACAUUCGCACAAUUGAUCUAUCACAUAACCUACUAAGUGUAUUUGAUGUUAAUACAACUGAUUUAAGAAAUCUUAAAUCUAUAAUGUUGAAUAACAAUAUGUUACAAGCCAUUUCACAAACAUUCUUUAGUGGACUAAGUAUUCUAAGUACGGUUAUUUUGUCGCACAAUCACAUUAACACGAUACACAAAGAAUCGUUUUACGCUUUACAAGAUAUUCGUAAUUUGGACCUAUCAUAUAACCCGGACUUAGAAUUCGAUGUAUUGUUAGUAGAAAAAUCUCAAAAUCUAGAAAACCUAUUUCUUUCAGGGACUAAAGCUGAGGUGACUUUUGACAAAGUAAGUGAUUUGCCUUUAAAUAAGUUAGAGAUGGCUCACUCUAGUAUACAAAAUAUAAGCCAAUUAAAAUUAUACAAAAUGCAACGUUUAGAAACAUUAGUGCUAAGUAAUAAUAACGUCACAAAACUGGAAGUUGGUGCUCUAUCAAAUUUGACAUCGCUUAGACAGUUAGACCUCAGUAACAACAACUUAUACUACAUUCAACCAGGAGCCUUUAAAGAUAAUACCUACUUGAAAGUGCUAAACAUUUCUCACAAUAUGAUAGCAGAAAUUAAUUACGGAAUUUUUCGAGGUCUUCUGUACGUAGAAGUUAUAGACUUGUCGUAUAAUAAAAUAAAAAGUUUACAUCGAUCAAGGUUUUACGACAUUGAACAUUUGAAUACUCUAAUAGUAGAUAAUAAUGAAAUUGACUUCAUUUCAGAAGACGAGUUCGUAGGAACUGGUCUGUCUAAAUUGAGCAUAGGAGGCAAUCCGCUGCCUUGUGAGAUAUUAGUUUAUAUAGAGAAAAAGAGCUACGAAAUUAGUAUAACGUCUAUAAGUAACGAUUUGACCAAAGAAAACGUUAACGGAGUUACGUGUAACAGAGGUGGCUUUAACCAUUUAAAACCUACUUCAACGCCAGUUGAACAUGAACAUGAAAAAUUACUUCUCGAUAUACGAAAUAUAUUAUACAAUGUGUCUCAAGAGCAAACAUUUAAGGGACAUGGCGACGUUAUAAACCGUGAAUCAUCACUCACGAGUUUAACUAAGCAACAACUAGAUUUAGUUAAUUUGAAUAAUAAUACUAAUUUGCUUUUACAAAAACUGAACCAAAACAGCAUAAACUUAACUUCUGCUUUAGUUAAUGCAAACAGUAAUACAAACUUACUUUUAGGGAGAUUAUUGCGCGUGUUAACGUCAAAAGAUUUUAAAUCCAAAACAACCAUCGAGCCAAUAAGUACCGAUAAAGAAAAUGCCACAUCAGAUCAUUUAGUUCCUUACAUUGACAAGAUUAAACAAAACUUAGAAGAGACUAUAGCUGUAGAAAAACAGAACGUAUUACUUGACCUUAACAGUAAAAUGGAGAAGUUAAAUGCUCGAAUGAAUUCAAUUUCAGCUGCGAAACCUGUUCACGAAAAGUUACUCGGAACAAAUGAAGACAGGCAAAAAUCAUCAAUGUUUACUGAGGUUUGUGUUGGUUUGAUUCUGGCAAUUCUGGUCGGUUUUAUAUUAUUUAAGGUUUAUAAAUCGAGGUUGUAUGUACCCGGUGGCCGCUCACUGACAAGUAGUACUCGGAACAUUGCAGAGUCUAUGGAAAGUGCGCACUUGUAAAAUAGAUUUUAAAAUUACUUAUAGAAUUCUCAAAAUAAAAAAAAGUAAAACCUAGUAAUAAAGAGAAUAAAAAGUGGCAACAACAUCGUCACCUAUUAAAUUAUUUAAAAAAAUUUUUUCUUUAUUGCAACCAUAUAUUAUUACAUUUUUUCCGAAUGUGUAAUGAAUUUGUAUGUGUUCAAUGUUCAUAUAAUAAUAAUGUAUGUGUUCAUAUAAGUAGUAUCACUAACGCUGCGCUAUAAGGCGCACGAAUCUAUUAGUAUUAUUUUUCACGUAUAAAAAUAUUAAUUGAUAAAAGGAAGAUGUUUUAUAUUGUGAUGAUGCCAUGGUCUGAUUAGUAUGAUAUGGUUAUGAUUAAAUAAAGAAAUACCUUCAU